AUGGAGGCGAAUACUACAGAAAAUGCUGGCAAUAAUUCUGUAAGGGUUCUCAUGUUACCAAUGUUGGGGCAUGGUCACAUAUCUCCAUUCUUGCAGCUAGCUAAGAAACUCACUGAGAGAGGAAUUCACAUUUAUCUUUGUUCUACACCUAUCAAUCUCAAUUCCAUCUCCAAGAAAAUCACAGGCAAGUACUCUGAAUCCAUUCAGCUUGUGGAAUUUCAUCUUCAAGAAUUGCCUGAACUUCCUUCCCGCUACCACACAACCGAUGGCCUCCCGAGUCACCUCCUUCCCAUCUUUUUCAACUCCCUGAAACUGUCCAAUCCUGAAAUACACAACAUCAUAGAAUCUCUCAAGCCAGAUUUGGUGAUCUACGAUAAAGCAUUCGCUCGGUUUUCAGUAAGUCCUUUGUACACCUUUCCAUCCGUUUGGCUCCACAUUGUUAGCGCUGCAUCCUUGUCAUACACAUUUCAUUUGACAUCCAACUCAGGCACCGAAUAUCCAUUUCCAUCCAUCUAUCUUCGAGAUUUCGAGUUACGCAGACUUCUUACUACAAUUGGACGCAAUGCUUUGGAUCCUUGUGAAGAUUCUCCCAUUCCUUUACUGGUUAAUACUUGUAGAGCCAUGGAAGGGAAAUACUUGGAUCAUCAUGCUAGUUCGACGAACCUGAAAGUUCUCCCUGUUGGUCCAUUAAUUCCCAGUAGUCCUAAUUCCACUGGUGAAUCAGGUGACGACGAUAUUGAGCUCAUGAAUUGGCUUGGGCAGAAAAGUGAACAUUCAACUGUUUUUGCUUCCUUUGGCACAAUGUAUUUCUUGUCAAAGGAAGAGAUACAAGAGAUAGCUUUCGGUUUAGAGCUGAGCAAUGUAAAUUUCAUCUGGGCAUUGGGAUCUCCAAAAGGUGAGCAACGUAGGCUCGACGAGAUCUUACCAGAGGGUUUUCUUGAAAGAGUGAAAGAUAAAGGGAGAAUUGUUCAAGGAUGGGUACCGCAGGCGAAGAUUUUAGGCCAUUCGAGUAUUGGUGGCCUUUUAUCCCACUGUGGUUGGACUUCUACAUCAGAAGGCAUAGAAUUUGGUGUCCCAACAAUGGCCAUGCCUAUGGCCUUUGAACAGCCCAUUACUGGUAGGGUGUUGGUGGAAAAUGGUGUGGCUAUUGAAGUUAUGAGAGAUGAAAAUGGUAGACUUCAGAGGGAAGAGAUAGCAAGAGUGAUCAAGGACGUUGUAUUUGGGGGUGCAGGCGAAACCAUGAGGCAGAAAAUUAAAGAUUUGAGGAAGAAGAUCAAAUCAGAAGAAAAAGAGAACCUGGAUGGACUCUUAACAUUGAUUAUCCAACUUUCCAACAAAAAUUCAAGUCACGGUAUCAAUAUUGCAAGAGCAUAG